UGGGGCGGUAGCGCAUCAUCGCAUUCGACCAGCAAGAAGACUUCGAAGUUUUUUGGGUAUAUGUCUGAGGACAUUUCGAAGUUUAUAGGCACUUUAGAUCUCUAUAUUAUCUCGCCCCCUUUUAGAGGCUGGAAUUCGCUGCUUUCGGGUUUUUUGUUUUUUCUUUGAAAAGUUCGCUGCGUCCGUUAAUUACAGAAAACGUAGCACUGCUAAGGUGAUUUGGUGGUACUCCAAAAGCCACAAACGGAUACGGAGGGUGAGAGAGAUGGCGGUGGCUGGAGUCUACCGGCGAGCCCUCCCCUCUCCUCCGGCGAUCGAGUUCCCAUCCCCCGGUGGGAAGAGGCGCUUCAAAGUGGAAAUGUGGCUGGAUUCUUCAAGCUAAUUUCAUACUUCCAAACACAAUCUGAGCCUGCAUAUUGUGGAUUAGCCAGUCUCUCUAUGGUCUUGAAUGCCCUUGCAAUUGAUCCAGGAAGGAAGUGGAAAGGCCCUUGGAGAUGGUUUGACGAAUCCAUGUUGGAUUGUUGUGAACCUUUGGAGAAAAUCAAAGCUGAAGGCACCACAUUUGGAAAAGUUAUUUGCUUGGCCCAGUGUGCUGGAGCUAAAGUUGAAGCUUUUCGUACAAAUCAAAGCACCAUCAAUGACUUUCGCAACCAUGUCAUAAAAUGUACUAACUCUGAAGACUGUCAUCUAAUCACGUCCUAUCAUAGGAAAAUUCUCAAGCAGACAGGAAGUGGUCAUUUUUCACCAAUUGGUGCUUAUCAUGCUGGAAGUGAUAUGGUACUCAUUUUGGAUGUGGCUCGUUUCAAAUAUCCUCCUCAUUGGGUUCCACUUUCACUUCUUUGGCAAGCUAUGGAUACGAUUGAUGAAGUUACUGGAUAUCGUAGGGGGUACAUGCUUAUUUCAAGACCUCAGGAAGCACCAUCUCUGCUAUAUACUUUGAAUUGCAGACAAGAGAGCUGGUUAAGCGCUACAAAAUACUUCAUAGAUGAUGUGCCUCUUCUUUUAAAGUCAGAGGAUCUUAAAACUGUUCCUCAGGUUCUUUCUCUUUUAUUUCAACAUCUACCUGCAAAUGCUGGAGAUUUCAUCACAUGGAUUACUGAAGUUCGGAGAAGAGAGGAAGAUGGAUCAAACUUGAGUGAAGAGGAGAAGGGCAGGCUUGCUAUUAAGGAAAGGGUACUGCAAGAAGUUCGUGAGACCAAACUUUUUAAAUUUGUAACAGAGUGGUUGUUUUCUGUGAGCUCAUGUUGCAGAAAUGAACCAUCUGUGUGCGACAAAGAUUCUUUACCUGACAUUGCAGCAAGUGUCUAUUAUCAAGGGGCAGAGUUGUUAAACAGCAGAGAUGGAGCAAACCAAGAGUUCUGCUGUAGAGGAACAAGUAUUAAAUGCUUGAGGGCAACAGAAGACCUGCCUAUGACUCUUGUCUCAGGCAAAGUGGUAUCUGGUGGCAGAGAGCAACUACUAGAAGUGCUGGCACCGGUAUCACCAGCAAAUUCAAGUUCUUCCGGCUCUGGUCUGUGCAACUCAACUGGAAGUCAUCCAACAACCAAUGAUCUUUUAACGGUGCUGUUACUGGCCUUGCCUUCGCAUACAUGGCUGGGCAUUAAAGAUGAGAGGCUGUUGACCAAAAUUCAGGAUAUAUUUUCAACUGAGAAUCUUCCAGAUGUUCUUCAAGAAGAGGUUCUACACUUGCGGCGGCAGCUUCAAUUCCUCAGGAGAUGUAAAGAUAGAGGCUGAUGAUUUGUCUUGUUCUUCCUUCGCUCACCUGAUAUUUGGGACCUUCAAUGAGCGUUGAGGGGGUAUUAUAUUCUUGUCUGGUAAAGAAUAUGAUUCUUUAAAGUGUAAAGUGUCUAACUAACAAACCAGGCUUACUGAUUUGGAUGUGAAUGCUUAUCUUGUACUUGCUAUUAGAUAUAACUCUAAUUGUAUCUCACUUAUUAUUCAAUUCGUGCUGAUUAAAAAUAUCAAAAUUGAUGAAGAAAGAGGCAGGAGCUGCAAGUUUUAAGAA